CAGUCUAGAAUUUGCUUUCUGUAGCAGCGAAUCAUUUUUGCAUUCAAUCACUUUUCUAAAAUGGCUGAGGCGGCAUUGGCAGAGAAAGAAAAAGGAAACGCAGCCUACAAAAGGCGAGAAUUUGCAACAGCUAUUGAACACUAUGAUAAAGCUAUAGAACUAGACCAAACAAAUAUAACGUUUCGCACAAACAAAGCAGCGGUUUACUUCGAACAAGAAAACUACGAUGCUUGUAUCCAAGAAUGUAACAAAGCUGUAGAAAUAGGAAGAGAAAACAGGGUAGACUAUAAACUCAUUGCGAAGGCAUUAGCUCGUAUUGGAAAUGCUAAUCAAAAACUUGGAAAACUUGAUGAGGCUUUGCACUUCUUUAAUAAAUCAGUAUCGGAACAUAGAUCAUCUGAUAUAGUAAAGAAAAUAAACGAAAUACAGAAACUUUUGAAAGAAAAAGAAAGACUUGCUUAUAUCAAUCCAGAAAAGAGUUUGGAGGCCAAGCAAAAAGGAAAUGAAUUUUUUACUCAAGGAAAAUUCCCGGAAGCUAUUUCCUUCUAUACCGAGGCUAUUAAGAGAAAUCCAGAAGAUCCGAAAUUAUUCAGUAACAGAGCAGCUUGUUACACAAAAUUAGCCGAGUUUAACUUGGCAUUACAGGAUUGCGAGGAAUGUAUUCGUUUGGACCCAAAGUUUAUUAAAGGAUAUUUAAGAAAAGGUGCAAACCUGUUGGCUAUGAAAGAAAUGUCGAAAGCAAGCGAUGCUUAUCAAAAGGCAAUGGAAAUAGAUCCAAACUGCUCGGAAGCUGUUGAAGGCUAUAGGAAGUGUGCAGUGAAUCAAGGAAAUCCAGAAGAAAUUAGAAAGAGAGCCAUGCAGGAUCCCGAAGUUCAAGCCAUUUUGCAAGAUCCAGCCAUGCAAUUGAUACUUUCCCAAAUGCAAAAAGAUCCUAAAGCUUUUAACGAACAUUUGAAAAAUCCUGAGAUCGCAAGUAAACUUCAGAAGUUACUAGAAAGUGGAUUAAUUGCUAUUCGUUAA